AUGCUUUCGAAAGAGGUUUUGUUUGUGACAUGCAUUAAGCCAAACUCGUUCUUACGUGACCCUCUGCUCUCUCUGUGUCGUGGUCGUGGAUUCACGGAUAAAAGUUUCCGGCUAGGCAGUGGCGUAACAAAACAUUACUACCCCCUCGAGUUACAAUUUCCGUUGACUGGAUUUAAAAUAAAAAAGACAAAAAUGGUGAAAGUGUGUUUUAUGUGUAAAAGACCUUUCGAAAAAGCUUCGACGCGUUCGUACCACUUGUUUCCAAAUGAUGUGAGUCUACGACAUGAAUGGUUUAAGAAGUUAGGUGUUGAACCUACUGGAGCAAGAUUCUUAUACUUAUGUUCGGAUCAUUUUACAUCUGAUAAAUUUUUAAUACGGCCGCAAGGUCGGCGAGUUUUAAGAAAAGACGCGACACCAGCGACCCCUGUUAGAUCUCCUUCCCCGGCAACUUCUGCAACAACAGAAACUGCAAGUGAAGGUUCUCCAGGCACAACUGUGGAAGAUGAACCUACUAAUAUUGAAACAAUUACGAUUGAAUCUACUAAGAUUGCACCUACUAUAAUUGAAUCUACUAAGAUUGACCCUAAUGAGAUUGAACCUAUAUUAAAGUCUGAUUCUGGGUUUAUAUUAGUAAUGACUACAUCAUUGUCGCCAGCUCCUUCCCCUACAGAGUCCGCAGGUGAAAACUGUGUUGAUUUUGCAGAAGAGAUUGAGAUCACGGACUCUCCAAUAAAUGAAGUACAAUUUCCCCAGGAUCCAAUAUCACCUUCAACUACUAUACAACACCAAGAAGAAAUAAUACAUGUGGAAAUGCAAAGUAACAAUAAAGGAAGAAGAAAAUUCAAAAAAGAAAGAACUAUAGAUGAUAUUGAAAAUGAUCUUGCUAAAGCGAGACAGAUAAUUAUAACUCAGAGAAGAAAAAAGCUACUUUACGACAAGGAAACACUAGGCUAAAAAACAGGCCUAGUUUCUAUCAGUUACUUACCACUCCCACUCUGCAGAAGAACAUAUAAUAAACCCCGCCC